AUGUUCACGGCACGGAAAAAGAUCGCCAAGGAGAAGGGUGCAGAGCCUGAUGACUUCGAGGAGUCUGUGGCUCAGGCCUUGUUCGACCUGGAGGCCACAAACCAGGAGCUGAAGAGCGACCUGAGGGACCUGUACAUCACUGGAGCAGCAGAGAUUGACGUGGGCAGCUCGUCACGGAAGGCCAUCAUCAUCCACGUGCCAUACAGGUUGCUGAAGGCGUUCCACAAGGUGCAGCAGCGGCUGGUGCGCGAGCUGGAGAAGAAGUUCAGCGGCAAGGACGUCGUGCUCAUCGCCAACCGCCGCAUCAUGCGCGCCGGCACCUCCGGCCGCUCCAACGACCGCCCCCGCUCCCGCACCCUCACUGCGGUGCACGAGGCCGUGCUGGGUGACCUGGUGUACCCCACAGAGAUUGUGGGCAAGCGGAUCCGGUAUAAGCUGGACGGCUCCAAGACGCUCAAGGUGUACUUGGACCCCAAGGACCGCAACUCCACAGAGUACAAGCUGGACACUUUCGGCUCAGUCUACAAGAAGCUGACCGGCAAGGAUGUUGUGUUCGAGUUCCCCAUCAGCACUGGCGACAUUGCCUGAAAAGGGUUUUCUGACAGUGCGAGACAGUGUUUUAGAGAGAAUGCUCGUGCAGCUAGAAGGGCAGCUGCAGCAGCAUUGACCGAUGUAAUAAAAUUGAAUGCUUUU